GGCUCAUUUUAUAACUGAUCUAAGAGCAAGUCUUUGUGUGGGAGAGUUGUUAUUUUUCAAGAAGUCUGAGGUGGCUGACACAGAUCCACUGAAUCGAGGUCAAAUGAUUCUUCUAUUUUCUGUAACAUGCUUGCUGUGAAUAUGUAUUGUGGAACUGCUUUUUGAUCUCAUACAAAUGUCUCUUUGAUGACGGAUCAUUUACUUGAAUUUAUCACACACGGGAGUCUGUUACACAUGUAGUAUUUCUGGUAAUUAAUGCAUGAAACCAAAUUUCUCACGUGUCCUGUAUGUUUGCAUUGAAGUUAGCCAAAACAUCAGAGCUUAUUUAAGAUGUGGCAGCACUCAAUAAUGUUUUGUUUGUCUUUUAAGGCACUGAUUUCAGUAUGUUAUUGUUCAAGCUCAAGGACGUCUGGUGUAGGUACACAGAGUCCCUGAAGCACUCAGAGGAGAGCCAAUGACUGAACAGGUGCACAGAAAACAAGGAACAAUUUCUCAUUCCUCUCUUGUACCAUCCACACCUACAACCAUGCCCAGACCGUUCAACUGGGGCGUCCAUCUCUGCUGGAUUUCUCUCUCUGUCCUUCUAUGUGGAUCUGCAUCUUUUCCUUCAAACAUUUCAAGCCAGAUCCAGCUUCCGAAUGUGACUCAAGGCGAGGAGGACACAGGCUGGGAUUUACCGUUUCUUCAGCUGAGAGCCAGUCUACCGUCCUACUCGCAGCCAGUCCGCCCGUACACCCUGCUGACAAACGCUGAGGACUACCACUACCUGCCUAAACCCAAACAUUGCCGCCCGUCUCGCCUCCUGCGUCUUCUGGGAUCCUCCUUUGACCCAUUUUGGAUGUCCAUAGAGCAGCCGUCUGAAGCCUCUCAGGGUCACGGUGAUGGUCAACCUUUGCCUGUAAAAUUAGCCAACUACACCAGGAAGAAGUUCGACCUGAGUGCUUCUCCUGAGCUGAGAGAUGCUGCAGCGAACCAUCGCCAGAAGCUGGUAAAGGAAGCUGCAGAUCUGGACCUUGCUUCUUUGCCCUCACAUGUUGCCAGUUCAGUCAGAGACUGGUUAGUGCGCUCUGCCACUUGUGGAUUAAGCUACCGGUGGGUGGAUCUGGGUCCUGCUUUCUGGCCACGUUGGCUGCGGCAGACGGAUUGUGAAAGAUCAGACGGAGGGCGAAGCUGUUCCUUUCCUGAUGGGAUGGAGUGUGUGCGAGCUCAGACAAGUCAGAUUAAGAUUCUGGCGUGGCACUGUCAGGAAGUCGGAGAGGGAAGUGAUGGGUCUAAAAGGAUUAAAGCUGAUGGCAGCACUGAGAUGGGGACAGGUGAAGUGACGAAAAGGUGUUUGUGGAGACAAGUGCCUUAUCCUGUGGUCACAGCAUGCACAUGUUCAUGUAAAUGAAUGAUUCUCCUCAUCCUCAGAAGGGUUUUUAUAUGCAAAUGUAUUUCUGUCAUUGAUUUGUUUAUUGACUGAAUCAAAUUGUGUUAACCAAUUUUCCUAAUCUUAGCUGCUUUAAUCACCCAGUAGCAGAUUGUGUACUGGCUUGAAGCAGAAUUGAAUAAAAAUAUUUUCUCCUGA